AUGUCUGCUGAUCAUGGAAAGUGCCAUUGCGGCCAAAUCGAGUGGCAGGUGAAGCUUGAGGACAGAGCACAUAUUCUCUGCCACUGUGAUACCUGCAAGAAACUUGGAGGCGGUGCCUAUUCAUUGAAUCAAAUUGUGCCAAAAGAGAAUCUCCAAAUCACCAAGGGCAAACUGAACACAUAUACGUACCACGGCGACUCAGGCAAACCCGUCAAUUGCUAUUACUGCCCCAACUGCACGACUCACAUCUACCAUCAUCAGAACUCAGGGCCCGGAGCUUCAUGGGAGCUUGCAUGCCCAUUUGCCUUAGAAGUCGGCUCCUUGGCUCCUAAGCUCUCUCGUCCAGUUCAGAAAUUUAUUAUACUAAUUCGAUGGUCAAAGACUGUGAUGGGUGACAAGAUCGUGAUCCGAACCAUCCUCCUGGAUCAGGGCAAGUCUCUCAAGGCGGGAGCUGAGAUUUUCGGAAAGGAUCGUCUUUCAUGGGUCAAGGAGGUUGCUCAAACCUUUGAGGUUUUGCCACCAUCGUAA